AUGGGCAAGAGAAAGUCCCCUUGCACCAAAGAUGAUGACGAAUAUUGGCUCUUUGAGAGCCCAACGUCUUCAACUUCUACGGCAAAGGUUAAACGAGGAGCGCCAAACAAGGGCGACUUCGCUCUAGGCCAUGUGCCGGAUUUGGAGGAUCCAGUCCUUGACCCAAUCAACUGGGAACGUCUAAGCUUAUCUCUUCCUGGGCGGAAAAAAUACGCAGUGAAUGGUGUCCACGAGAUUGAGGCCAGCCUGUCCACGGAGCAAAAGAAAUCAAUCAUUGCAUGUUUGGAAGGGUACUGCGCACAGUUAUCCUGGAAGACCUUCACAAGCGAGCUUCCAAAAUUGGUCUAUCGGAAUCUUCCAAAACUGUUCACUCAUGCGAUAAUCGCCAAGAAUUUGCAUCAGAAGAUCUUAUGCAACCCUUUCUAUUAUCUCGACGAUUCGUAUGCUUCUAAUGUGCCACUGUUCGCUUCCAAACCCCCACCAGCUGGAACUGCCCUUUUCCUCAAGUUCCUCCUGCGGGACAUGAUACUUACUCGACGACAUGACGCCCUUGAGUGCCGAAAGCUGAUGCUGCGGUGUCUACAUGCGCCAAAUUUUCAGUCAAGGAAUGAUCCAAGGCAACCGGACUAUCAUAUGUGGCUCAGGAACAACGCUCAGAGAAUCAUUAUCGAUAACCUACUAAGCGACCUCGACCUGCGUGCCCUACUCAAGAACAAACAGCCAACUGACAGCGAGAGGAAAGACAUGGAUCGCAUUCAUUCCAUGGCAGAUGAAUUGUGCAUUAGAAUGAACAUGACCACCAAAGAUAUGCAGUUCCGUUAUUGGGAAACUCUCCCACUUUACGACAGCCACUCCAGGAUUACGGAACUUGCUCCAAUCAGCAAGACUGCUGACCGGGAAAGAAAGCGUGUGGAGAAGCAUGGCGGAACGAAGAAUAAGAAAGCUGCAUUCAGUUACUUUAAUGUCCACCCGAAUCAUUGGAGAGGCCUCGACGAGAUGAAGACGAAAGCAUCAUUUGCGGAGCAUCUGUUGUGCAAACAAAGACGGAGGCGUCUCUAG